GAUUUGCUAGAGCUUCUCAUUCAGACAGACAGAACUUGGCAGAAGACCAAAAGGUUCCUUCCGAUCUCUCAGAGGCUUCCUGAGAGCACAGAUGGAUGAACAAGAUUCAGCUGGCCCUGGAGCAGGAAGAGGCCAUGCCAUCCAAACUGGGAGCAAUGGAGGAUUCUGGGAAAACUCUGUGCAGAAGAUCCUGGGUGAGGAGGGCACUCUCCGCUCAGAGGUGCAGAGUCAGCAGUUGAGGCAGUUCUGCUGCCAGGAGGCCCAAGGACCCCGAGAGGUUUGCAGCCGACUCUACCACUUUUGCCACCAGUGGCUGAAGCCGGAAAGGCACACGAAAGCUGAGAUGCUGGACCUGGUGAUCUUGGAGCAGUUCCUGGCUGUCCUUCCCCCGGAGAUGGAGAGCUGGGUGAGGGAAUGUGGAGCGGAGACCAGUUCCCAGGCGGUGGCCCUGGCCGAAGGUUUCCUCCUGAGUCAGGCAGAGGAGAGAAAGCAGGCAGAGAGAAAGCAGGUGAGAGAGACUUUCCUCUGGAUACUCCCAAGGGGCUCCAAACAGGAUGGAGAACAAUCAAAAUUGGUCUGCUGAUGGCCCAUCGUUUUUCUGGGAAUGAGAUCUAACACCCUUGAACCUUCUGUCUUUGUCAUUCUCUUUCUUAUAUUUCUCACCAUUCAUUUACUGUUUUGAAUUUUUGUUGUUCUUUCAGAAAAGGGAUCAUUUUGCAGAAAUGGACCUGGAUUCCUGUGAGGCAGAUGAAAGAAUGAAGCCAGCAAGAUCUCCAUAUUUAUCUUUUCAUGGGGGCAGAAGUGAAACAGCUGCUGUGGUACCAGAUCAGGUAUGGGGAAGCUGUCCUGUGGGGCAGAGGCCGAGGGAUGGAGCAAUGUCAUGGACUGGUUGGGCACAGAGGAAUGGUGGGAGGAAGCAGCCAGGGAACCAGGAAGGGAAGAUUGCUCAGAGCCCAAGGAGUGAAGGUGGAGGAAGGAGGGGCGGUCAGAGGGAGAAGAGGAGAAGUCUGGGAAGAGGAGGUGUCAGAAGCUGAUGGGGUAACGUGGCUUAGUGAGCUGGGAGACUCUGUGGCAGAAUGCAGUGCAGAAUCAGAGGCAGAAGAGGAAGAAGGCGAGUGGGAGGAAGGAGGUUGAGAGGCAGAGGUGAGUCAGGAGAAUGAGGAGCCACCGGGGGCUCCCUCUCCUUCUGCCAGAAGCCACCCUCCCUGCUUGUCUCUCAGAGCCAGGAGAGGUCUGACAAUGGAGGAGCAAAGGCAGGCUGCACACUGGCGCACUGUUAGAUCGCUUGCCAGAAACCCCAGAGAGGAGAGGAGUUAGAAAGCUGUGGGGAGCCAGGGGCCUUCACUCUCAGCAGCUGAUUUCAUGAAGGAAGACCCUGACUCAAUACUGAUCCGGAGCAGAAUUCCAAUGUAUAAUUAGCAGAGUAAAAACCUAAAAAUAUUACAGGCUUCCCAAAAAAUAGACCAGAGGCAAUUGUAUUUCAUCCAGCAGAGCUUUACUGCUAUUGAAGGCAAAUGAUCAUAAUGGUCACAAAUCCAAAACAUUCAGGAUUGGUCUUGUCCAUAAGAAAUCCAGUUGCAGCAGACUUAACCUAAACUUACCUAAACUUAUUAAAAGUCUAAGCCUUAACACUUAACCUUAACACAUACCAUGUACAGAACACCAUCAGGAAGAGAGAUAGAAAUAUAGAAAGAGAAAGUGAAAGCUUCUUCUGGCCUCUUCUUAUAGUCAGCAUGACCUUGACAGAAGACUUGACAGAACCACACUAAACUUCCACCGUGACAACUAGUCCAUUAAUUGAUAGACAAUGCAAAUUGACAAACCCACACAGCCAAGUCUGUGAAUAUCGUGUUCUUGCUGAUAAAGAGUAAACUCCAGCUGUGAUGUGUCGGAUUUCCUGCCCAGAUAACUCUGUGACACCAGCCCUCUGAAUGUCGCCGGUAGGAUUCAUCUGUAGUUGCAGUUUUCAUGGAUUCCUAGAGUUGAAAGGGACCCCAAGGGUCAUUAAGUCCAACCCCCUGCAUUGCAGGAAUCUCAGCUAGAUAAUCCAAGACAGAUGGCCAUCCAAACUAGGCUUCUUUUAUUUCUAUAUUUAUAACUGAAUGCUAAAAUAGGCUUCUAAGCAGCGGACAGACGAGAACAAAUAAUUUCCAGGAUUCACCUAGACAGCCCCAUCCGCUGCGAAAUGGGGCCUGCCCCCCACUCCUCCCCCUCUCCAUGCCCCUAUGAACCCCUUGAAUUUGGCUCUAGGGCAUUGGGAGGGAACCUCCCCAGAACAACUCACGAGGAGAGGAGAAAGUGGUUCCUUCCAUCGGGGAAACUGGAAUGCUUGUGUAGGCAGAAAAACGUAAACAUAAGCUAGAGUACCACCUAUUUGCAAAAAGACGAAUACCCACAGUUAAAAUGCAGAAUAAAAGAAUUCAAUUAAAGCGUUAAAAUAGUUACCCAUAAUUAAAAUGUGCAGCAAAGCAAUCCUAUUGAAAUAACACAGCAAUUAACAGGAAGGAAAGAACAGAGCAUUGUGUAGCAGAUCAUAUUUCUGCUGUCUCAGAGGAGGACAUUUCCCUUUUUCUUUUAGGGUCCAGUGUGCUUUGAAGAUGUCGCUGUUCGUUUCACGGACGAGGAGUGGGCGUUGCUGGAUCCUGACCAGAGAGCGAUGCAUAAGGACAUCAUGGAGGAGAAUCGGGGGAUCGUGGCAUCUCUUGGUAAGCCUCCCUGUGGGAUCGUCCUAUCUGCCAGGAAAUUCAAGAAAUACCUCUAUGUGACAAACCUCAUAUAUUUUCACAGCGCCCCCUACAACACCUGGGAACUUAACACCCCCAUAAGAAAUAGUAAGUUACAGUUUUUUCUGUGAACAAUCUUCCUCCAGUUCUGCCUCCUUCUACCACAGUUGGGCUGAUCUGAACUGCCCAGGCAUCUUAAAUGUCAGCUUCAGAAUUGUUAGGAAAGAUAAGUAGCUUCUGUCAGGUUUUCUGUUUUUGUUUUUGCUGCUGUCAGUCUUGGGUUGACCAAAGAGACAAAUGACAUUGGAGAUGGAGGGGAUGCCAUGACUGGGCCAAACAACAUCUGCCCCAGAAAGGAGCCAGGCUGAUUGAAUCCCAGGUAGUACUAGCAGUGAUAAUAAUAGCAAUAAUAAUAAUUUUUAUGUAUACGCUGACCAUCUGGCUGGGUUGCUCCAGCCAAUCUGGGAAGCUUCCAACACAUAUACAGUGGUACCUCUGGUUGCAAAUAGGAUCCGUUCCGGAGGUCCGGCCAGAUCCCGAAGUUUUUGCAACCCGAGGAUCACUGUUCUGCGCAUGUGCAUGGAUUUGCCGCUUUCAUAAGCUGAAGUUUACGUAACCAGAGGGUUACGUAACCUGAGGUGCUACGGUAUAAACAUGAAACAGUAAUAAUAACAACAGCCUAAUCUAAUGUAAAAGUACAAAAAAAUUAAAAUGAGUAACUUACUUCAAACAAAGCAACAUUCAACAAUUGAUUAGAAUCCAAUAAUAAAUACACUGGUUUAUUACAAAUAACAAAGGUAAUAAACACACAGCCAACUGCCUUCUCUACAACAAAUUUAGUGAGCAUUAUUUACUAACUGGGGGCUCCAUUUGUUCCUGAGGCUCUAAUCCCUUUUUCUCUCCAUUGCAGAUUGUGAUGAAUUGGAAAGCAAGAACAAAGAAGAACACAACAUAAUCUGCAGAGUGGAGAAGGCACGUAAAAAAUUGGAAUGUGGAAAGAGCUGCAGUCAGAGCUCCCAUUCCACUUCCCAUCAACGAAAUCUCAUUGGAAAGAAACCCUAUCGGUGCAUUGAAUGUGGAAAGAGCUUCAGGAAGAGCUCCGAUCUCACUAGGCAUCAAAGAAUUCAUACAAGGGGGAAACCCUAUCAGUGCGUGGAAUGUGGAAAGAGCUUCAGGAAGAGCUCCGAUCUCACUAGGCAUCAGAGAAUUCAUACAAGGGGGAAACCCUAUCAGUGCGUGGAAUGUGGAAAGAGCUUCAGGAAGAGCUCCGAUCUCACUAGGCAUCAAAGAAUUCAUACAGGGGAGAAACCCUAUCAGUGCAUGGAAUGUGGGAAGAGCUUCAGUAGCAGCUCCGAUCUCACUAGGCAUGAAAGAAUUCAUACAGGGGAGAAACCCUAUCAGUGUAUGAAAUGUGGAAAGAGCUUCAGUCACAGCCGCAGUCUCACUUCCCAUCAAAGAAUUCAUACAGGGGAGAAACCCUAUCAGUGCGUGGAAUGUGGAAAGAGCUUCAGGAAGAGCUCCGAUCGCACUAGGCAUCAGAGAAUUCAUACAGGGGAGAAACCCUAUCAGUGCAUGGAAUGUGGAAAGAGCCUCAGUAAGAGCUCCUGUCUCGCUAUCCAUCAAAAAAUUCAUACAGGGGAGAAACCAUAUAAUUGCUUUGAAUGUGGGAAGAGCUUCAGGAAGAGCUGUAAUCUCACUUCCCAUCAAACAAUUCAUACAGGGGGAAAACCAUAUCAGUGUGUGGAAUGUGGAAAGAGGUUCACUCAUAUCUACAAACUCACUUCCCAUCAAAGAAUUCAUAGAGGGGAGAAACCAUAUAAAUGCUUUGAAUGUGGGAAGAGCUUCACUCAUAACUCCUCUCUCACUUCCCAUCAAAGAAUUCAUACAGGGAAGAAUGACGGAAUUGUAGAAUUGUGGAGCUGGAAGUGAACCUUGGUGCAAUCUAUUCAACCCCAUGUGAUGCAGGAAUAGCAAGUAAAGCAUCCAUGACAGAUGACCAUCCAACUUCACUUGAAAACCUCAAAGCAUGGAAAUUCCAGCACUCCCAAGGGAGUCCAAUCCACUAACAGCUCUUGCUGUCAAAAAGUUAUUCCCCAUGUUUAUUUUUAAAAAAAUGAUAUUUAUUAAGGUUUCAAUAAAAGAUUAAACAGAAAAACAUAAAAGAGAAAUACACAAUUCAAAAAUACACAAUACAUAAUCC